UGUCUACCUUCUGCCACAAAACUUCCUCAUUGGAGCGGAUGGAGGAGGAAGGUGAUGAUGAUGAGGAUGAUGAAUUGGACAUCUUUGGGGGUUAUGACAGCUUCCGGGGCUACAACAGCAGCAUGGGCAGUGACAGCAGCUCCUGUCUGGAUGAGUCUAGUGACGAUGAGGUGGCAGACCGGGAAGCUGGAGAACUUCCGACCUCUCCUGUGCACCAGCUGUCCACAGGCCGGCUCACAGAGGACAGCGGCUCCGAGCCAGCUGUGUGUGAAAUGUGUGGGAUUGUGGGUACCAGGGAGGCUUUCUUUUCCAAGACCAAACGUUUCUGCAGUGUCUCCUGCUCCAGAAGCUACUCCUCAAACUCCAAAAAGGCCAGCAUCCUGGCUAGACUGCAGGGGAAACCGCCAACGAAGAAAGCUAAAGUUCUGCACAAGGCAGCCUGGUCAGCCAAGAUCGGGGCCUUUCUCCAUUCUCAGGGCACAGGGCAGCUGGCAGAUGGGACACUGACAGGCCAGGAUGCACUCGUCCUGGGCUUUGACUGGGGAAAGUACCUGCAGGAGCACGGCUUCAAGGCAGCUCCUGUCAGCUGCUUCAAACACGUGCCACUCUUCGAUCAGUGGGAUGAUGUGGUGAAAGGUAUGAAAGUGGAAGUGCUGAACAGUGAUGCCGUGCUCCCCAGCCGUGUGUACUGGAUUGCGUCCGUCAUCCAGACCGUAGGGUACAGGGCCCUUCUGCGAUAUGAGGGCUUCGAGAACGAUGCCAGCCAUGACUUCUGGUGCAAUUUGGGCACAGUGGAUAUUCACCCCAUUGGCUGGUGUGCCAUCAACAGUAAAAUCCUGGUACCACCACAAACUAUCCAUGCCAAGUACACUGACUGGAGAAGUUACCUCAUGAAAAAACUGGUGGGAGCCAGGACCAUCCCAGUGGAUUUCCACAUCAAGAUGGCGGAGAGCAUGAAGUACCCAUUCCGGCAGGGCAUGCGAGUGGAGGUGGUGGAUAAGAACCAUGUGUCCCAGACACGCAUGGCAGUGGUGGACACAGUGAUUGGGGGCAGACUGAGACUCCUCUAUGAGGAUGGCGACAGCGAUGAUGACUUCUGGUGCCACAUGUGGAGUCCCCUCAUCCAUCCUGUGGGCUGGUCACGGAGAGUGGGCCACAGCAUGAAGAAGACAGAAGAAAAACGCAGUGACAUGGCAAACCAUCCCACCUUCCGGAAGAUUUACUGUGACGCUGUCCCCUAUCUGUUUAAGAAGGUACGAGCUGUCUAUGCUGAAGGUGGAUGGUUUGAGGAAGGCAUGAAACUGGAGGCCAUUGACCCCCUGAAUCUGGGCAACAUUUGUGUGGCAACUGUUUGCAAGGUCCUCUUGGACGGGUAUCUUAUGAUCAGCAUUGAUGGAGCCACGUCUGCUGAUGGCUCUGACUGGUUCUGCUAUCACGCCUCCUCACACGCCAUCUUCCCUGUCAACUUCUGUCAGAAGAACAGCAUCGAUCUGACCCCUCCAAAAGGGCAAGAUGCACAGACCUUCAACUGGGAAAGUUACCUGGAAAAGACUAAAUCAAGACCUGUUCCAGCACGGCUCUUCAACACAGACUGCCCAAACCACGGCUUCAAGGCGGGCAUGAAGGUGGAAGCAGUGGACCUGAUGGAGCCCCGGCUCAUCUGCGUGGCCACGGUGAAGCGUGUAGUCCACCGUCUCCUUAGCAUCCAUUUUGAUGGCUGGGACAACGAGUAUGACCAGUGGGUGGACUGCGAGUCUCCAGACAUUUAUCCUGUAGGGUGGUGUGAGCUGACAGGCUACCAGCUUCAACCACCUGUUGUUCCAGGAAAAAAGUUACCUGCCAAAACCCGCAACAUCAAGCAGACUCUCAAGAAGCCUUCCACCCCGAAGACAAAACGAGAAGCAAAAGCUGCCAGCAAGGCUUUGCCGGAGCCAGCACCUGAAGAAAUCAUUGCUGUGCGGGUGAAAGAAGAAACCAUCGACCCCUCAAUAGCAGAAUUUGGAGCCACAGAGCUUCCUGUUCCCAUCAGCAGCAUAAAGCAGGAGGUCGCAGACUGA